CUCCUGUGAUAUGAUCUUCUCGAUCAUCAUUUCACCGCUGGUGGGUAACACCGGCAAAGACACUUUUGAUCGAGGUUGCAUCCCGUAACAAAACCCCGCAGACGAACAUCUAGGAACCAUGGGAUGAUCGGCCAUCCAAGCCCCUCCCGAAGCCCUCGAUGCUUCUUUGCUUUAGGCUGAAUAUUAAGAAGAAGAUCAACGUCAGUACACGACAUCUCGCGACAAGCAAAUGCAAGAUAUAAGCAAUGCAGUUCAAGGUCAGCAUGAAGGAUCCUCGAUUCAUCUACAUUUGACACGCAAUGGGUCUUUGGCAUUCAGUUUUCACUUCUUUGGCUACUGUCCUAGUAGCCUGCGAUUUGGUAUUGGGCUACAAUGUGAGCACAGGAUACAUUGCCCCGAAUUCGACAGGUGUUCGCAUUCAGCAUGGCUUCGAGACUGUGUUGGUGCAGCCUUAUGGAUAUGACGGCUUUCGUGUUCGAGCGUGGGCCUUUCGACCACCUACUGGCAAUGAGAUCAGUUUUCUUUACGAUCCCCCUGUUGAAGGACCUGAGAACGGCAAAGCUCGUGGAAUGAGUUACGACACGAAAUCAAAUGGCAAUACCUCUGUGUCUAUACGCAACGGCAAUGCGAUUUUCAGGACUUACGGGCUAGACAAAGGUCACUAUCGACUUGCCUUCUAUCGUGUUGAGCCCAAUGGUUCUGAAACACUACUCACAAACGAGUACAAUCCUGUCAAGUCACUCAAUCCUAGAUACUACUCUUGGAAAGGAUCUGGAAGCGAGUUCUCUGCAGCAUUCUCCUUCAGCACCGAUCCGGAUGAGCAAAUUUACGGCACUGGUACGCAGCAAGACCAUUUGGUAAACAAGAAAGGCUCGGUGAUUGAUCUGAUCAACUUCAAUACUCAUAUCCCCACGCCUAUGUUUAUGAGCAGCCGAGGAUAUGGGUUCGUCUGGAAUUCCGCUGCGGAAGGGCGCAUGGAGUUUGGCCCCUUACGCAACCGCUUCACUUCCGAAUCGACAACAGUUGUGGACUAUGCCAUCGUCAGCGCUCCUCAAGGUGAUUACGAUGGUCUGCAACAAAGACUCUCUGCCAUCACUGGUCGAGCACCCACACCUCCGGACUUCUCUCUCGGCUAUCUGCACUCAAAACUACGCUAUGAGAACCAGACCGAGGUCUUACUGCUUGCACAGAAUUUCCACAACAGAAGUAUUCCAGUAUCAAUGAUCGUCAUUGAUUAUCAGUCAUGGGCACAUCAGGGAGAUUGGGGUCUGGAUCCUGCACUGUGGCCGAAUGUCUCACACAUGGCUCAGCAAGUAAAGCGACUUACUGGAGCCGAGAUGAUGGCCUCUCUCUGGCCCAGUGUCGAAGAUGCAAGCGUGAACUACAUCGAAAUGCAGGCCGAUGGUUAUCUUUCUGCGACCCGUUCUGGACCGGGUAUCACUGACUCUUGGAACGGAACAUACAUCCGCAACUACGACUCUACGAACCCUGGCGCGCGUCAAUUCUUAUGGGAUACUUUGAGACGCAACUACUAUGACAAAGGCAUCAAAAACUUCUGGAUUGAUCAAGCAGAUGGUGGUGCACUAGGAGAAGCUUGGGAGAACAAUGGACAGCAAUCGUAUAUUCAGAGCAUUCCUUAUCCUUUGCCUGAUGUGUUGUACCACGCUGGCACACAAAGCAGUGUCGGAAAGCUGUAUCCCUGGGCCCAUCAACAAGCAAUUGAAGAAGGCCAGCGUAAUGCUUCAAACACCCAGCAAGGAUCUGCAUGCGACUCCCUCUCGCUUUCUCGGUCUGGCUAUAUCGGGUCUCAACGUUUCUGCAGUAUGAUCUGGUCGGGCGAUACUGUCGCAAAUUGGGAGACUCUAGGUUCUCAGAUUCCCAAUGCUCUUUCGGCUUCUGCAACAGGAUGGGGUUGGUUUACUGUUGAUGCUGGUGGCUUUCAAGCUGACUCCUCAAUCGAGUGGAGCAACAACAUUGACAGACCUCAGUACCGCGAAUUGUAUGUCCGUUGGUUGCAAUGGACUACCUUCAUACCUUUUAUGCGCAACCACGGAAGCAGGAGCUGCGAUACUCAGAGCGCUUUCACCUGCGACAACGAGCCAUGGACGUACGGUGCAGAAAAUACGCCAAUCAUUGUUUCGUACAUCAACCUUCGCUAUCAGCUGUCGGCUUACCUCCGCAACACGUUUGCCAAGUUCUCUCAGACUGGCAGAAUGAUUAUGCGACCCCUGUACAUGGAUUUCAGCACGACUGACUCCAACAUCAGCCAAUGGACGAAGACAAACAACAACAUCACUACACAGCAGUAUAUGUUUGGACCUAGAUUGCUUGUCACACCCGUCACCUUGCCCAAUGUCACUAGCUGGGAAGUUUAUCUACCCAAGACUGCUGCUGGUGUGGACAAGCCCUGGACAUACUGGUGGAGUAAUGUCACUUACGCUGGUGGGCAGAAAGUCAAUGUGAGUGCGCCUCUGGAGCAUAUCCCUCUUUUCCAUCUUGGUUCGCGGGAAGACGUUAUGAGCGGAAAUGUCUUUUAGGUCACUGUAUGCAAAAUUGCAUGUCUAGCCAAUCAGCUACAUAUUACCAAGCCAAGAUCAGCUACUUCCGAAGGAUCAGAAUCCUCAUGAGUCAUGUACCCUGGCGUUCAAUGACAUUUGCCAAAUUCAACUCUCCGUGUUCGUUUGCCUUACCUUCCAUAGCCUUGGG